GACAGACACGCGCUGCCACGAUCCGCCGUCGCGCUCCAUGAUAUAGCCUGCCUCCGAUCGCUGUACGAGGUCAGGUCAGUUUUCGUGCCGUCUGCACUUCGCACGCACGCGAGCAUUCCCUGCCCACUCGUAACUUGCCGCGCGCACAUAGGAGAUUUAUGGACUCCACCACCGUGGCAGAGAGCGGGAGCCCGCUACCCGAGCUGCUGCGCCCAGGCUUCACGAAUGAAACGGCCUCGCUACAGUCUCAGCGGGACCCACGCGUUGCCCCGAAUGUCGUCAACCUAGAGCGACACGAUCUGGAAAAGCUCAACAUCAGUCAUGAAAACCGCUCCAACAGCAAAAUGCUCGCCUCGGAAAAGUCGCUUGCCACGAAGAAGGGCAGCAUGCCCAACAUCCGGCGGAGUGUCAGCGUGCCCUUGACCGAAAAGACGAAGCAAGCGACUGCACCUGGACAGGAUGCCGGGAAACAGCAGCGAGAUGGACUUAUCAUGGACACGAACAAGUCCUCCAUCGUCUCCAAGCGAUCUGUCGAGAAGCUCUACUACGACGGCGAACCCGAGUUCUUUCGGCAUUUUGUCACCAAGUUCAAGCGAAGAUCACCUCUCAUCAAUCGCGGCUACUGGCUGCGCAUGAAAGCAAUUGAGCAUGGUGUCUCGCGUUUCCUCGCAGAACGGACAGCUAAGCGGAAAGUUGUCGUUAAUCUGGGGUGUGGCUAUGACCCACUGCCCUGGCUGUUCCUAGGCAAGCAACCACUGCUCUGUCAGGGCACCACCUUUGUCGACGUUGAUUACCCAUUGCUGAUGCAGAACAAAAUCGGCAUCAUCCAGAAGACUAGCCAGCUCAAAACUCUAUUACCUAAAUUCACCACGACAGGCCAAGAAACAGGGCUAGUGGCAUCGAGCGAUCCAUAUGUGGCCAUCGGCUGCGACCUGGCAGACCUAACACCUCUGCAGGAUAUCCUUCAAGACCAUCUUCAAAUGGGCAACUCGGACGUUGCGGUUCUCUUCACCUCCGAAGUAUCGACGGCUUAUAUGCCACUGGAAGGCUCACAGGCUGUAUUUCAAUGGGCCGCGACUUUUAAUGAUGUACGAUUUUGUCUACUGGAACAACAUCUUCCCGAUGGACCGGAUCACCCCUUCGCAGCGACAAUGUUGGCUCACUUCGAGAAAUUGCGGACGCCACUUCGAGCCGUCGGGACCAUGGAGCAAAUGAAGCAGCGAUUUGUGGAUGCUGGCUUUCCUGAAAUGGGCACAGAAAUUCGAUCUCUGUGGGAACUCUGGUCCGAUCCCACCUUCUUGAGCGCUGAGGAGAGAAGACGACUAGAUCGGAUAGAGCCAUUCGACGAAUGGGAGGAGUUUGCGCUGUUCGGCUCACAUUACUUCUUGUUAUUCGCGGAGAAAGAACCCAACAAGGACUACUCCAACAGAUCAUACAGGGCAUCUCGGGCAUCGAUCUUUGCUGGCUCUACACGAGGUGGCUCUUUCGCAUCAAGCCCUGUCAGUGGUAGCGAGAGUCCUACUACGCCACAGUACCACUUCUCCCCUGGCGAUAUCCUUCAAACGCAUGAGCUCAAAGAACCUCACGACUUCAGACGUUUUGGCGCCGUAGUACCGCCCUUCCAAGUUGAUUCGAAUGGCGACUCGCUCGGACUUCAUGGCGGACUUGGCACUCAAGAACGAGUGAGUACGUGCAAUACUUACACGCGAUUUGACAAGACAGAUGAGAUAUUCGGCCCACCUCUACGUACUGGUUUGAUGUGCCACAGUGUCACGAGACUAGGAAAUACGGCAAAUUGCGUCCUGACCGGCGGCCGAACAUCACCUGACAACGCAAGCGCUGAAUCAUGGCUCAGGUUAGAUGGAAAGUGGAGGCGUGUGCAUGAUCUGCCUCGAGGACGAUAUCGUCACUGUGCGGUACCGCUUGUGCUCCCGACAGAUCCUCGUCCCGCCCACACAGUAUUGAUGUUUGGUGGCAAGACGAGCGAUGGACAAGUCCUGGACGAAUGGCUCAUCUGGACCGGAGAGACCGGAUGGCAACAAAUACCCGUCAAAGGCGAUAAACCUCCAGCGCGUUUCGGGGCGGUCAUGAUCACCGACAGCAAAGGUGGUGUAUCUGGAGUGCUGGUUGGCGGCAUGACCAGCGCUGGGCGCGUACUCAAUGACUUCUGGCAGUGGACACUGGAACCCGACAUGACGUUGGUCUGCAAGAACGUAACCUCCAAAGCUACUGCAUUUUUGAAGUCGGACGGGUGUAUCCUGGGACGAUUUGGAGCGCAACUCGUCAGAUCAAAUCGAGGGAUACUCAUGAUUGGUGGUAUUACUGGUGCCCGAAUGCUGACUCGUCAGGAUGAGAUACUGAAUAUGAAGACUCUUCGACCGCAGCCGAUACAAGGUCCCAGGCCGCUCUUGGUCGGACACAGCGUGCAAGACGUCGAUGGAGGACUCAUUGUACUUGGCGGCGGUGCGACCUGCUUCUCAUUCGGCACAACGUGGAAUCGCAGCUGCAUCUUGAACGAUGCAGAGCCAGGCAAAUUCGACAUGGAAUGGCGGUUACAGGCUACUGUUCCAGCAUUGAAGCCCGCCCAAGGUGCGGAUGGCGAUUCUGCCGUCACUACCACCGCUCAAGGCCAACCGAACGGCACAUUAUCGCCGCCCGGCACUUCCAAUGGCAGCGCGUUCCCAAGAGCUGGCCCACCGAGCAAAGUCCCGGAAGCUGCACCUAUCCACGAAGUGAAUAUAACCCGUGGAAUCAACUUCCCCCAAUAUGUAUCUGCUGGGCGGCCUGUUGUCCUACGAAAAUGCCAUCUCGGCCCUUGUCUGUCCACCUGGACAAACUCCCACCUCAUAGACCAGAUCGGCUCAGACCGCCAAGUCUCUGUCCACGUCUGCGACUCUUCCUCGAACGACAGUGUAGCGUCCAUGGACUUCCAGUCUAAGAACUUCUCCUACCAAACACAAGGAUUUGGCACUUUUCUUUCGGCGGUUGAACGCGGCGACAAAGUCUACCUUCGAUCACUAUCGAAAGAAAAUCCUUCAUCCGAGCCAACGAAACUAUCCGACGACUUUCCUGCGAUAUCGAACGAUUUUGUACUUCCGGAUGAGCUGGAGUACGUUUCUCAACACGCUCACUCUUCUCCAUUAAGGAUAUCGGGCCCAGUGCAAAUGUGGCUGCAUUACGAUGUGAUGGCCAACGUAUACUGUCAAAUCCGAGGGCAAAAGAGAAUCAGGCUAUUCCCACCUAGUGACGUGACCAAUCUUGGUUUCGAGCCGGGGAGCACAACUUCUCGUGUUGAUGUAUUUCCAGACGCACCACAUCCUGGACUCGGCCACACACAUCCUCAUGAGACCGUCCUCGAAUCUGGCGACAUUCUCUUCAUCCCUCCGUUGUGGCUACAUGCGACUGCACCAGUCCUCAGCGAUCAUGCCCCAGGAAAUACUACAACGCACAGUUCAGUGCCCCAAAUAAACGGCACAUCUCACUACGAACCCAGCAUAGCAGUCAACGUCUUCUUCCGCAACCUGUCCAACACCAAUUCCUACGCUGCAGGUCGCGACGUCUACGGGAACCGCGACCUGGCAGCCUACGAGAAAGGCCGCAAAGACGUUGCAAAGAUCCUCAAAACUUUCGAGAGUCUACCUGGUGAUGUCGCGAGAUUCUAUCUUGACCGUCUAGGCGCAGAACUGCAAUCUGAAGGGAGGCGAUUGCAGAGUUUGGACAGCCAAUCUGGGCAGCAAGACUUGACAAAUGGCUUUCAUUCAUCUCCACGGCGAGAAAAGGGAAAGCAAAAUGUUGCUCCUGACGCUCCGAGUACCACGACGUACGCCAUGCCCACCCUCACGAGUCCCAGUACGAUUGCAUCGACGGCGGGAAGUCUUGUGAGUCCGAUCCAAAGUCACGAAAGUCUCAGCACUCUUGUUUCUCCUACUUCGCCCUCGUCAGCGAGGACGGAAACAGCUGUUGCGAUGCCAUUUUCUAUGCAUCAUCUCAAUAGGAGAUUGGAGGGGGCGAGAGAGGUGAAUGCGGAGAGGCCGAAGACGGCGAGUAGUGCUGGAACUGCGGUUGCUUCUCCUCCCGUGGGCACUAGUGGUGCUAGUACGAGUGCAGGGAACAACUCUUCUGCUUGGCCAUCGGCGAGAUUGCAUGACUUUUAUGCGGAGUUGGGGCAAUAGGUGCCAGUGAAGACUGGAUGAUGGGAUGCAUGACUGGGCAGCAUAGGUGAAAUGACGAAUGGGAAGGG